CUGAAAGAGGUAGUAGCAGCACCGCCACAAGCAUUUCUCAUGAAAUUGAGGAAUUGAAUAUUCAUGAUCCUCCACCAUCCGUUUCUAAUGAUUCCGAUGCUUCCUUGUUACCUAGUCAAGGAAAUCUCGAUGAGAUUGGGAGACAGUAAAAAGACUACUAAAUUAUAAGCUUUGCUUCUUUCUAUUCAGCUGUUCCGUGAAGAUGAAGAUUCAUUAAAUGUUGGAAUAUACAGUAUAAGGGUUUAUUAAACAAACAACAUUGUUAUCAAAUUUAUUAUCACUUGAUUUUCCAUGCUGACUCUACGAUAACAAAGACUUUGAAUUUACUAGGUAAAAUAGAACCAGUAGUUAAAUAAGAAAAAGUGUAGUAUCACUAGUGCGGUGGACAUAUUGUUAGAAGCAUGUCUAAGGAUUUUCUUUCAUGCUCGAGAUUCUGGUCCAACAUACGAUUAAAUGCACGUGUGACAAUGCAAAUGAAAAGGCAUGGGAAACAGGAAUGAAGCCGGCAUCUUAGCUUUAACCUCCAAACUCAAAUAAGCUGUGAUAGAUACUAUGAGCUGUUCCGCAAUUCUAGCUAAAUACUUCAGCUUUCUGAUACAGAUAUUUCUUUUAAGAUUUCUACCCUAUGAGGCAUUACACUGAAGAUACCUGUAAUACCAUAUCCUGAUUGAUUAAUGAAUAAAGUGCAGGAUGAUGCUUCCAUAUCAUGGAGGAAAAGAAAGAAGCAUUUUUUUGUUCUGAGUCAUUCCGGCAAACCAAUAUACUCUAGGUAUGGAGAUGAACACAAGCUUGCUGGGUUUUCAGCAACUUUGCAAGCAAUCAUUUCCUUCGUUGAGAAUGGGAGUGACCGUGUCAAGUUGGUGAGGGCUGGAAAGCAUCAGGUGGUUUUUCUUGUGAAAGGACCAAUUUACUUAGUCUGUAUCAGCUGCACAGAAGAGCCUUACGAAUCACUAAGAGGGCAAUUGGAUCUCAUUUAUGGCCAGAUGAUCGUUAUACUGACAAAGUCAGUAAACAGAUGUUUUGAGAAGAAUCCGAAGUUUGAUAUGACACCCUUGCUUGGUGGAACAGACACUGUCUUCUCUUCACUAAUCCACUCUUUUAGUUGGAACCCAGCUACAUUUCUUCAUGCUUAUACUUGUCUACCUCUUGCGUAUGCAACAAGGCAAGCUGCUGGUGCCAUCUUGCAAGACGUUGCUGAUUCUGGUGUUCUGUUUGCAAUACUGAUGUGCAGACACAAGGUGAUCAGUCUAUUUGGUGCUCAGAAAGCCUCUCUUCAUCCAGAUGAUAUGCUGCUACUGGCCAACUUUGUUAUGUCAACAGAGUCCUUUAGGACCUCGGAGGCAUUUUCCCCUGUUUGCUUGCCAAGAUACAAUCCUUUAGCAUUUUUGUAUGCUUAUAUCCAUUAUUUUGACGAUGACACAUACUUGUUGUUGCUUACAACUAAUUCUGAUGCAUUUCACCAUCUCAAGGAUUGCAGGAUUCGUAUCGAAUCGGUCCUUUUGAAGUCAAAUGUCCUUGGUGAAGUUCAAAGAUCCUUGUUUGAUGGAGGAAUGCGUGUUGAGGAUCUUCCGCCCUUAUCUCAUUCUGGAUCAUGUCACUUGGGCCAGCAUAGGCUUCAACCAGAUUAUCCUGAAAGAUUGCGAGAAUCUAAUUCUGGUGUUGCUGGUGUUGCUGGUUUGUGGCAUUUCAUAUACCGCAGCACAUAUCUGGAUCAGUAUGUAUCUUCAGAGUUCUCAUCACCUAUUAACACUCCUCAGAAGCAGAAAAGAUUAUUUAGAGCGUAUCAGAAACUUUUUGCAUCAAUGCAUGAGAAAGGAAUUGGGCCACACAAAACUCAGUUUAAGAGGGAUGAAAACUAUGUUCUGCUCUGCUGGGUAACACAGGACUUCGAACUUUAUGCUGCAUUUGAUCCUCUUGCAGAGAAGGCGUCCUCAAUAAAGACAUGCAACCGGGUAUGUCAAUGGGUAAAAGAUGUCGAAAAUGAAAUAUUUUUGCUAGGAGGUAGCCCCUUUUCAUGGUGAUUUCCUAACAAAUACUGUAAACAAUGUAAGAGAAAGUUUAUUUAAUAAUUUUUUUUAUAGAUUUUAUUCUUAAUUAUUUCAUGUAUUUUUCUAUGAAAGUGUUUUUUGGAUGUAAAAUUAGUACAUUUAUCAGUUUGCCAAGUGUCUUGUUCCUAUAACUUGUUAUCAUUCUUAUAAUAUCAUCACCAGCUGUGAGAGUAAAGGAAUUAAAGAUGAUGACAUGAUUUCUGCACCUGCAUUAA